AUGUUUGGACCGCUUGCCAAUCUUGACGUAGUGAAGGCAGCUAACCUCACCUAUCAGACAAUGUUCGAAGAAUUACCGAUAGUUAUAAAGAGCAGUCAUCUUGUCAAUGUUAUGAUGGCUGAGUUGUCGUUAGCUCCGACUAGAAUUGCUGAUAGGUUUUCAACACAUCUCGAACUGGGAUCUCGGAGAGCAAUGAUGGCUAACAUAGAUGAGCUCAACAAGUCAAUAUCGGCAUAUGGGAAGUACGUAAACGACAAGCAAAAGCAUGAUAAUAUGAUCUACAACCUAACUCAGAAGCGG